ACAGUGAUUGGCUGUCAAGCUGCCUGAAAGUAGUUUAGUGUUAUGGGUGUUCGGAGUGCGGGGAUAGUCGUUUGGUUAUGAUGAAUUGACAAAAAACUGGUUUUAUUACGCCAAUUAUUACUGUUUAUAUCAGUAGAAUACGUUAUUUCUUUCUAACAUGGCUGAAAAAUUUGACAAUCUCGAAGAACAUCUUGAGAAGUUUAUUGAAAACAUUCGACAGCUGGGAAUUAUCGUUAGCGACUUCCAACCGAGCAGCCAGACAGGACUCAACCAAAAAUUAAACUUCAUGAUAACUGGAUUGCAGGAUAUUGAGAAGUGUCGACAGCAGCUCCACGAGAUCAACGUUCCUCUUGAGGCUUUUGAAUACAUAGAUCAAGGUCGUAACCCUCAACUGUACACUAAGGAGUGUCUGGAAAGGGCUUUGGCGAAAAAUGAGCAGGUGAAAGGAAAGAUUGACACCAUGACGAAAUUCAAGAGCCUUCUGAUCUCCGAGCUGGGAAAAGUAUUUCCAGAAGAGAUGGCCAAGUAUAAAGCCAUACAUGGUGACAACCCUCCCUCUUAGUGACCCCCAUACUGUGAACUUUGACCCUGGACCUUGUCCCCUUGCUCAGAGCCAGAGUGGACUUUUACGAAGCGAGAUUGAUAUGUUUGCCUGGAUAAAAUGAGAAUUGCUCUGUCACUGAUGGAUUAGUUAGGAUGCGGUCACAAUGCGCUACAGCUAACGGCCAAUAUGGAGUCAAAUUAAACUUGUGUGUUGGUUUUGGUCUGAAAGAUAAGCCAUGAAACUCUGCAGUUGAUGACAGCUCUAUUUGUUACAGCAUGCAAAUUAUGGUAUUGGAAAGUUUCCCCAAAUCAAUCGUUUUUUUGUUGAUGUUUUACAGCCAUGGUUACGGGAUUGUAUCUGAUGUUUUUUUAUUUUUAAAUAAAUGAAUAGAAUGGUAUUUUGGCUGACUAAUAUUGCUUAAUGAAAUAUGACCCAACUGAUGUAAAUAUGUUUAUACCCACAGUUCCUAAAAUAAAUAAUUCUCCAACUCAC